AUGACAUCCCUCGAAGACUACCGCCGAAUUAAGAACGGUGAGAUCACAGAAGAAGUCAUCAAGGAAAAUCUUAGAUGGUGUGCGGAAGAGGAGGAAAGAGAAGCAGAUAGCAAAGAAGAGGAAGAGGAAGAAAUGGAAGAAGAAGAAUAUGAAAGCGACAAGUCCUUUUUUCUUCUAGUAUUGUCUCAAGCUCGCAUCACAUAUUCACAUUAUCUGCACGUCCUGAGCAGCAGCGCUAUGCUUCAUGAUGCGGGAAAAUCACCUUUCAUCCCAAAGACCCGUCUUACUUUCUGUCAAUACAAUGGUAGUGCUUGUUGUAACUCCACUGACGAUAGGCAGUUGCAGAAUCAGUUCAGAGCCAUGAAAGUCUCCGAUUCUGGCUGUGCUUCCCUUGUUAAAUCAAUACUUUGCUCGAGGUGUGAUCCUUUUUCCGCAGAGCUAUACAGAGUUGAAUCAGAACAUCGGAAAGUUCCUGUUCUGUGUAACUCCACAGUUUCAGCAGACUCACAGCAAUCUCGGAAUAAUUCAACAGACUUUUGUUCUGAAGUUUGGAACGAAUGCCAAAAUGUGACCUUGGUGAAUUCACUCUUUGCUGAUCCACAAGAUGGAAAGACAGCUAACUCUACUUCCAAGUUAUCGGAUACUUGGAAGUCGAAAAGCGCUUUCUGCAAUGAAUUUGGAGGAUCUUCUGACGAUGAUGGUUUGGUGUGCUUUGAUGGUGAACCAGUGAAACUCAAUAACAGUACUGAAAAUUCAAGCCCCCCAAGUGGCAUAUGCGUUGAGAAAAUUGGCAAUGGAUCUUACCUUAAUAUGGUGGCUCAUCCCGACGGGUCUAACCGCGUGUUCUUGUCCAAUCAACCAGGCAAAAUCUGGUUGGCAACUGUUCCUGGGGAGGGGUCUGGAGAAGAGUUGGUGAUUGAUGACUCAAGCCCUUUUCUUGAUUUAACCGAUGAAGUCUAUACUGAUACCGAGUUUGGUAUGAUGGGAAUAGCUUUCCAUCCAAAGUUUCACAAGAACGGCCGUUUCUUCACCUCGUUCAAUUGCGAUAAGGUCAAAUGGCCGCAAUGUUCAGGAAGAUGUUCGUGUAAUUCAGACGUGGAUUGCGAUCCUUCGAAGCUGAGCUUUGACAAAGGAUCUGAGCCAUGCAGAUAUCACAGUGUCAUUGCAGAGUUCAGUGCUAAUGGUACUAGUGUUAGACCACAAGAAGUUAGGAGAAUAUUCACAAUGGGACUUCCAUUUACUUCACACCAUGGCGGGCAAAUACUAUUUGGACCAAAAGAUGGCUACUUGUACUUCAUGAUGGGAGAUGGUGGAGGUAGAGGUGACCCUUACAACUUCUCACAGAACAAGAAAUCCAUGCUUGGAAAGAUCAUGAGACUUGACAUAGACAACAUACCAAGUGCAACAAGAAUUGCUGAAUUAGACCUAUGGGGAAAUUAUUCAAUUCCUGAAGAUAAUCCAUUUUCUGAAGACAAGGAAUUGCAACCUGAGAUUUGGGCUUUAGGAUUUAGAAAUCCAUGGAGAUGUAGCUUCGAUUUAGAAAGGCCUUCUUACUUCCUCUGUGCGGAUGUUGGACAGGAUGUAUUUGAAGAGGUUGAUAUAGUUACCAAAGGAGGAAACUACGGAUGGCGUGUUUACGAGGGUCCUUUUCUAUACAAUCCGCCAACAUCUCCUGGAGGAAACACAUCUUCUAGCUCCAUUAACCCAAUUUUCCCCGUAAUGGGAUACAACCACUCUGAUGUCAACAAAGCUGAAGGAUCUGCUUCCAUCACAGGCGGCUACUUUUACCGCUCUACGAUCGAUCCUUGCUUGUAUGGAAGAUACCUUUAUGCGGAUUUGUAUGGCGCCGGCAUAUGGGCGGGAACAGAAAGUCCUAAAAAUAGUGGGAAUUUCACAAGUAGUAAACUUAACAUCAGUUGUGCUCAGGACUCUCCUAUUCCAUGCAGUGAUGAAGCUGGAAGCGCUGGCUUUUCACCUGGUUUCAUAUUCUCCUUUGGCCAGGAUAACAGAAACGACAUCUUUAUGCUGGCUAGUAGUGGUUUGUAUAGGGUAGUAAGGCCUAGUCGCUGCAACUAUACUUGCGCCACUGAGAAUGUCAGUCGUCUUGCUCCUCCGAAAUCCGGUCCUUCUCCUUCUCCUUCUGCUUCCACCUCAACCAGUAUAAGGGAGAAGCAAAGGUGGAGGCUAAGCCAGCGAUGGGUGUGCAGAGGGAGGGGAAGUGAGUUGGUGUCGACUGAUUUGGGAGGGGUUGGGGCGAAGAGGGCCAGCAAUGACGUUGUCGGAGGAGCAGUGACGGCGUGUGGGCGGGGGAUAGGGGCCUGCGACAGAGUGGGGGAAGGGGGUUUCGGCAACCAUGGUAGGGAUGGGAAAGCUCCGGCGAUGAGUUUGAUGGCGGGUUGUUCGGCAUCUAUGGCGGUGAUGGGGGAACUCCGGCAACGGCAACGAGCUUGGACAGUGGCUGUGAUGGAGGUGCUCGGCAACUACGACAGGGAGGAGGAGAUGCUCAGUGGUGGUAAACUGCACUGGGUGUGUGGGUAA